CUUUGCAUGGAAUGAAGAGGCUUGGAAGCUAUUACUUUUUCCAAGUCCUGACAGUAUCUAUAACCUUUCUUUCUUGUUUCAAUUUCAAGGAAAAACCCAACAAAUAAUAUAAAUGGCUGAGGAGAAGAAGGCAGCAAAUGGAGUGGAGUGGAGGAUAAGUUUAGAACAUGGGUCAUCAAAGAUUAUGGUGGAGGAAUCUUCAGGGCCUGCAGUUAGAGCCUGGCUUGGUCUAAAAUGUCUGGUCCUCAAAGUUGGGAAAUUCUUUGGUAAAGCAAAGGAAGUUGGGGUGAAUGACCCUAGAAAAGUAGUUCAUUGCCUUAAAGUAGGGAUGGCACUGUGUAUUGUCUCUCUGUUUUACUAUAUGAGACCUUUAUAUGAAGGUGUUGGAGGAAAUGCUAUGUGGGCAAUUAUGACUGUUGUUGUAGUCUUUGAAAAUACUGUAGGUGCAACAAUAUAUAAGAGUUUGAAUAGAGUGUUAGGAACUUCUCUUGCUGGAAUGCUUGCUUUUAGUGUUCAUUGGUUGGCUACUCAAUCUGGAGAGAAAUUUGAGCCUAUCAUUGUUGGAGCUUCAAUUUUCUUACUAGCUUCUUCAGCUACCUUCUCUAGAUUUAUUCCUUCAGUUAAACAGUGGUUCGAUUAUGGAGCCAUGAUCUUUAUCCUCACUUUUUGCCUGGUUGCUGUUUCUGGGUAUCGGGUUGAUCAAUUGUUUGAAAUGGCUUAUCAGAGACUAUCUACCAUUAUUAUUGGCACUUCCUUGUGCAUUUUUGUAAGCAUGCUUAUUUGCCCCAUUUGGGCUGGUCAAGAGCUUUAUACUCAACUUACUAGCAAUAUGGACAAGCUUGCCAAUUCCUUAGAUGGUUGUGUAGCUGAGUAUUUCAACAGUAAUGACAAUAACAAAACAUCUGACAAGAACUUGUUUGGUUACAAAUGUGUUCUGAGCUCAAAGGCCAGUGAAGAUUCCAUGGCCAAUUUUGCUAGAUGGGAGCCUGCACAUGGCCUUUUCAGCUUCAAACAUCCAUGGAAACAAUACCCGAAGAUUGGUGCUUCUUUGCGUAGCUGGGCUUGCUGCAUUGAGGCUCUUACAAGCUGCAUAGAUUCAGAAAAUCAGACACCUGAGUUCAUUAAGAAGCAACUAGACAGUGUUUGCUUAAGAGUGAGUUCUAAUUCAUCGAACGUGAUAAAAGAGCUGUCAAAAACCAUAAAGAAAAUGAAAAGAUCACCGAAUAUAGAUUUCUUCAUUGAAGAAAUGAAUAGUGCAGUAGAAGAACUGCAAGAAGCUAUAACAUCCCUUUCUAGUUUGUUCAGUCCACCUGAAAGCAAGAAACCUGAUGAAGUCGACUCUGAGGCAAUGGACACAAUUCCUCUCAUGGAAGUUAUUCCAGUGGCAACUUUUGCUUCUUUGUUAAUAGAAGUUGCUACAAGAACCAAAACCAUUGUUAAGGAGGUUGAAGAACUAGCAAAAUUAGCUGAAUUCAAAGUUGCAGGUGAAGACAAGUGCAAAGAAAACCAACCCAACAACAGAAUUGAACUACAAAGUCAAGCCAAAGAUGAGGAAUCCAUGAAGGCUCUUCAAAGGGUUUGAUUUUAUAGUUUCUACACAAUAUUUAUUACACCAUAACUUGAAAUUUCCAAUUUGGAUUACCCAUUGUUUGGGUUGCAAAUGGCUGUAGACA